GCAUAUGCCAAGUAACCACCUUAUCUUCUCUUCGCGGCAGCGACGCCUCUGGCGCCAAUGGCCAUGAGCCUCCUGAACCCUCCUCCCUCCAAACUCGCGCCGAAACCGCCGCUCCCGCCACCCUCUCGGCGAUUCGCGCCACUGACGUCGCCGCCGCAGCAGCAAUCCGCCUUUCAUCUCUCGCUGCUCGUACGCGAGCAGCCGCGGCAGCUGCGGCCCCUGCGCUCGUCGCCGUCCACGCAGGCGGACGCGUCCCCCUCGCCGCCGUCGUCGAGGGAGGAGGCCGUGUCCCAGGCGAGGUCCUGCCUCGCCACGGCGCUGCGCAAGCCGCUCAACAACGCGGCCGCGCCCCGGAAGCUCAAGAAGCAGCGGCAGCCGCGGUUCCGCGCCGAGAUACCCGUCGUCGACGACUCGCCGGGCUCCCUCGCGCGCCUCGCCUCCGACGUGUUCUCGUCGUGCCUCGGCUUGCCGAGGAAGGGCGGCGCGCCGGCGAAGCUGCUGCUCGUUUGGCCGUCCUCCGAGGAGCAGGGGUUGGCUCUGCGGGAGCCCAAUGACUGGGGGGCCUCGACGGCGCACGCGCAGCUCGACGCGGUGGCGCCCGACGCGCUGAGGUCCUGCGAUGCCGCCGUGUUCUUGGCGCCGGGUCGGUCGCAGGUGGAGAAGAUGAGGGCCGCCGCCGACGCGCUGGACCCCAAGCCGGUGGUCCUGUUCAACCCGGCGUGGAGCUUCGACGAGGAGGAGGCGUUCGCCGCCGGUGCGAGGGGGUUCGUGGGCUCCUUCAACGUGGUGUACUCCUUCACGGGGCUGGAGGUGAGGGGCCUCCUGAGCAAGAAGAAGGGCGUGCUGCUCCGGUGCGUCGAGGGCGGAAGGUUCGGCGGCGAGAGCUGGGUGCUCAUGGUGGAGGACGACGCGCCGGAGGCUGGCCAGUUCAAGGUCGUGUCGCGGCUGAAGCGGCGGCCGACGAUCGGCGAGGUGGAGACCAUGCUGUACAACCUCAUGGCCGCCAACUCGCCGGUGACCAAGUCGGCAAGAUUCCUCCGGGGGCUCGUGUCCAGUGUGACCGGUGGAAUAAAGGAGAAGCAAUGAAGCCAACGAUCUUUCUCGAGUAGAAUUCUUUUUGAAUGAAUUCAUCAGUAGACGAAUCGCGGAGGGAGAAGAUGUUUUCAGCGAACUGUAACGAUCUCGAGAAGUUCAUAUGAGCGAAUUCAUCAGUGGAAGUUGCGAUUUUGAGGUGAGGAGUUCAUCUGUUCGUGCUUCACUUUGGUAAAAUCAAAUAGGCAUGAUUUCGAACAGAUGAUCUCACAGCACCGCUGGCCUCACUUGAGCGUAGAGCAUCUUCAAAGAGACAAGUUAUCACAUCUAAGAUUUUGGCUCGUGCAGUAAAAAGAACAUAUUCAAGUAACAUGUUCAGCAUCUCAAUAAUCUUAUACUCUAUCAACAAAAGACGAUGAAGUGUAAAAAUGUGGUCUAACAGUCGGUGUUUAAAAUUUCGGUCCGAAAUUUCGGGUCUAUCAGUAGGUCCCGAUAGCUAGUGUAUUUAGGCCAAAAAUUUUGGUUAGACUAUU